AUUUAUCCAGGGAAUCUAAGACUAUUCUUCCUCAUUAUGUUUUUUUUUAAUUUCCACAAACUUUUCAAUUGAUUAAUCUUCAAAUUUAGGACGAUUUCUUAGCUCGUGCUCCCCGUGCUUACAAUACAGUCUGACACACCACAAAUACUUUCUAGGGUAAAAUCAUGGAUAUUUUCAGAAAAGUCGUGUUUUCGGCUAAAACUAGGGUCCCAGUUAUACAAGAACAGUUCAUAAAUAAACAGUUUGCUAAAUGUCGCCAGUUCACCACAACAUCAUGUAUGAAUCAAGAAGAAGAGCAGGAGGAAAGUCAAGUUGAUGAGAAUGAAGGAAAGGUGCCAAUCAUAGAGCCACACACAAGUAUUAGAUAUAUGGAAAGUAAAGCAUAUGCAGAAACAUAUGGGGAUGAACCAGUAUGGACAAGAUACAGAAGAAACUAUUCAGGAGGCUUCCCUCCAAAGAAACCAAGAACAACAUGCAUUAGAGGAGGAAGGAUAGCAUCAGGGAACCCGUGUCCAGUAUGCAGAGAUGAAUAUUUGGUGCUACAUCGUGAGAAUACCAAACUUCUAAAGCAGUUUUUAUCGCCUAAUUCUGGAGAUGUUCUACCAACAACUAAAACAAAUAUAUGUCAGAAACAAUUCAGGAACUUAUUAAUAGCAGUUGAACAAGCUUGGGAUUAUGGUUAUAUCGAGAAGCCACUGCCAUCAAGAAAAUUUGACUAUUCUGAGUAUUACCCCUCACUGAAAGAACAAAAACAAUAGCAGCAUCAAGGAUUCAGGAUGGAAAUCUCUACAUAAUGAGCUACAGCAUACAAUAUAUACACCUCUAUGAUGCACAAUAGCAGCAUCCAGGAUGUACAAUAGAAACCUAUAAUAUACAAUAGAAACUUUAAGGCAAAAAUAAUAGAAACCUCUAAUACACAGUAUACUCAAUUGAUAUUUGAAAAUGUACAAUAGAGAAUUCUAAAAUCCAGAACAGAACUUGUAAAUUAAUUUAUUUACCGAAUUGUAAAUUAAAAACACCUAGAGAUAAAACACUGGACAUGUAUGGAUAACCAUGAUAUUCAAAAGUAAUAGUACCAUGGAAAUAUCAAAACUUUAAUAUCAUGUAGUUUAUGAACUUUGUUUUAUGUACUUUGAUGUAAUGCAACUGAUGCAACUGCUGACCCAUUGUUUUCAAAUAAAUGUAUGUCUAUUUGAGAAGGUUAAACAAUAAACAUU